AUGCAGUACACACCGUUUAUCUCUGAUAUAGAGUUGCCAUUCUACUCGUCCCUGGCCUCGCUCAAGGUCGACCAUGACAAGCUCGAUGACUCUGCGCGCAAGGUUUUGGGCCUGUAUGAAAUAAAGCCGUCUGAUCGCCCAGAAGAGUCCUGUCGCAUGCAGAUACUAGGAAAUGCUUUGCUUAAAGACGAUGUCCCAGCAGGUUAUUAUCGGGCGGAGGGUAUGAUCAAGAAUGUGAACACGAUAGAGGAAUACCGGAAUGCAGAUAAGCCGGCGAUAUUACAGCUAGCAGGAAAGACUGUAGUUCUUUCAUUUGCAGACCUCAAGAAGUACAAAUUUUCUUACUGGUUUGCGUUUCCAGCCAUACACUCCAGUCCGCCGUGGGCGCCAACAGCAAGCCCCAUCAACAAGGACGAGACAGACUCCACUGGUCAGAAGAAGCCUGCCAGUCACGCAUCACAGCAGUUGACUGAGCCUGAGACUGUGAAUUUGGUGGAGGCUGUACAGACUUGGCGGUAUGGCGUUGAUGCUCGUCAGCAUGGCUUUUUCCUUGCCAAAAAGGUGUGGGCGGCCGCAGACCAGAAGCCACUAAAGGGUCCAUAUGAGUGGCAGAUUUCACCGCUUUCUGGGUAUGAGGAGGGGUUUUUCGAUAACUCCAAGGAGGGAGAUCGCUAUGUCUGUUUUGCUGACCCUUCCAACUACGAUGAUGCGCCAAGCUGGGUGUUAAGGAACCUUCUGGUUCUUGUACAGAAAAGGUGGAAGCUUAACAAAGUCCAAAUCAUGCGGUAUCGCGACUUGCAUUCAAGACGAGACCAGGGAAGGACUUUGAUAAUGACACUGGAAACCGACAACUCUCAAACGAGCACUACCACCGAAGGGGGUGACGCUCAACCAGCAUUGCCGAAGAUCACAGGGUGGGAACGAAAUCCUGCAGGAAAGCUUGCCGGUCGAACAGUUGACCUCAAAGAAUACAUGGAUCCUCAAAGACUGGCCGACCAAUCCGUAGACUUGAACCUCAAGUUAAUGAAAUGGAGGAUCAGCCCUAAUCUUAACCUAGAAGAUAUCAAGAAAACAAAAUGCCUAUUGCUAGGUGCGGGGACACUUGGAAGCUAUGUUGCGAGAAACUUGCUUGGCUGGGGUGUGAACAAAGUGACAUUUGUCGAUAAUGGUUCUGUUUCAUUUUCGAAUCCAGUCAGGCAGCCUCUGUUCAAUUUUAAGGACUGUCUUGGGGGAGGUGCAAAGAAGGCUCUUCGUGCUGCCGAGGCCCUCAAGGAGAUAUACCCAGGUGUUGACUCAACUGGACAUGUUCUCUCGGUACCGAUGGCAGGACACCCGGUGGUAGAUGAAGAUAAGGCAAAAGCAGACUUUGAGCUGCUUAAGAAACUUGUCGAGGAGCAUGAUGCCAUAUUUCUGUUGAUGGAUACCCGGGAAUCCCGAUGGCUUCCAACAUUGCUUGGCAAAGCAAAUGGAAAAAUAGUUUUGAACGCCGCUCUAGGGUUUGACACGUUCGUAGUAAUGCGUCAUGGCUCUUUAACGACAGCAGGGUCAAAGGAUGGACUUGGAUGCUAUUUUUGCAACGAUGUUGUUGCACCAGGGAAUUUGAGAAUCAACGCUAAGGCUAGCUUAAUUAAGUCUACCAAAGCUCAGACUUUGGAUCAGCAGUGCACUGUCACACGACCGGGUAUUGCUGCAAUUGCAUCCGCUCUUUUGGUAGAGCUCUUCGUCUCUAUUGUCCAGCACCCGCAAGGCGCUGAUGCUCCAGCAACCACCGCACCGGACGAAGACAACAUUGAAAGCCCCCAUCCGCUCGGCAUAGUACCUCAUCAAAUCAGAGGGUAUCUUUCCAGAUUUAAUAAUGUUAUUGUCACUGGCAAAGAUUAUUCAUGUUGCAGUGCCUGCUCCGGUCGGAUUAUAGACCUGUACUUGCAAGAUGGCUGGGAUUUUGUGAAGAGAGCUAUGAAUGAGAAAUCAUAUAUCGAGGAAGUAAGCGGGCUCAAAGAGUUCAGUGUUGAGCUUGAAACGAGCCCAGAUACUCUAAUUUUGUUGGGUCUUUUCGCUUCUUCUUCGUAUACCGAUGAAGUAAGCUUCUUUGGAUUCCUGGGCAUAUUCAUUAGCAAGUCCUGGGAGUUAGAGAAAUACUAG